AAGAUACAAAAAAAAAAUUAAUCUUCUAAUGUGAAUAUAGUGUAAAUGCACUUUUUCUUAGCUUAAAGAACUUGUCUUUCUUUUCAUACAUAAUGUGAGAUUGUCUAUUAGACAAUGACUACAACAAAUUUAAUUAAAACUAAUAGACGUAGAACAUUUUCACUGGAAGAUUCCAAAUUGAAUCAAAAUUUUGAAGAUGGAACCUUAAGGAAAAGUCUAUCAUCUUCCAUUAAAAUUCCGACGCUUUCCGGUAUAUCGAAUCGCGAUCUCACACACGAUGGUGAUAAUUUCGACUCUAUGGAAGAUUUAAACAAGGAGAUCGAGAAUCUGUGCCCAUUCAAUACAAGCGCUCUUCUCCCACACCAACUUAAGCUCGUAAAUUCAAGAUAUUGUGAUAUUUUCAGCCGUCAAUCGAUUGAAUCAGAUGAGAAUCCUGAAGACAAUUCGAGCACUGACGAUGAAGAACGCAUAAAAUUUUUGGCCAUUCCACAAUCCGGCUGUGAUGUCAUUCAACUUGUACCAAAAAAACCUGUCAUCUCAUCGGACCACAAUGCAAUGUACCAGCCAUGUACAAAUACAAUCGUUCAAUUGAAACAAUCAUCUUAUUCUGCUUUUCGUGAGAUGAAGCAGAUGUCAGAUGAAGGUGAAAGUAACAAAAUGUCUGGAGAUGAUGCUACAGCGACUGCCACGGCAUCUAGUCAUGUCUCUUCUUUAAAGGAACAACAACCGUAACCUUUCUUCGUGAUAUUCUCUCAAAUUCUUUAUCUUUCUGCGAUACCUGAAAUGCAUUUCAUCAGAACAUUAUCACGCAGUAAAACGGGAAACAAAAUGGAACAAAAAAUAAUCUUCUAGAAAACAAAGAGGCUUAGUUUAGGAUACUUUGAGUAUCUAUCUAAUUUUAAAAGUCGAAUAAUCAAAGCAGGAAAAGUUUAUUCAACGUUUCGAUGAUUAAAAAAAAGAAAACUUAAACAAAAAUUGUGAAAAAAAGAGUUGAGACUGUUUCAGAUGCUGAGAAUAAACGUGAUUUUUUAUAUAUCCCGAGCACAUUAAAAGAAAUUUUAGGCAAAGAAACAAAAUUUAAGAAGAAAUUAUUUUUAUUACCUGCUCAUUCAAAAUUCUUUCUUGUCAUGAGAAAUGACUGACUUGACUUGUCAAAAAAUUUAAUUCACUUAAAUUACUUUUUGAAAUAAAGAGAUUUAAUGAAUCGAAGUA